CGGGGUGCUCCUUCAACAACAACAGCUAGUCAGACACCUCGGUAGCAUUCGAGCAAACAUAGCUACAACAUUCACGCUCUUUACAAUGUUUUGGUGUAUAUUAGUCGCUGUGUAAUAAACACACUUCUGUCGUAUGUACUUGUUGGCCCAUUUAAUUAUAUAUUUACGUUGUUUGUCAGCUAGCUGGGUUGCUAAGUUAGCUUAGAACUAGGCUAGUCACUAAUGCUAGCUAGCUAACAUUUCCGACCAUGAGUUCACUAAGUUACUCUCCUCCUGCUAAAGAAGAGGUGGUCUGCUGGACGGAGAAAGAAGCUUUCGUGAAAGAGGAGGACGAAGAGGAGGCUGUUACAAUACAAAAACAAGUAGAGGGUGAGGCUGUUACCGUGAAAGAAGAGAAAGACGUUACAGUGAAAGAAGAGGAAGACGCGUUCAGAGUGAAAGAGGAGGAUGUUACAGUAAAAGAAGAGGGGGAUGCAGUUUCCGGAGUGAAAGAGGAGGAGGGGGAGAUGACUGUCACAUUGGAGGAAGAGAAAGAGGAGGAUGCAGUUUCUGGAGUGAAAGAGGAGGAGGGGGAGAUGACUGUCACAUUGGAGGAAGAGGAGGAGGUUGGAGAUCUGUUUAACACCAGAGAGAGAUGUGACUAUCGUGGAUCCUCUGGGGAGCCUCAACAACAUCAUGAUGCUGACGAGGCAGAGAAGAGUCUCUCCGGAUCAGAACACCUCAAGAAACACCAGCAGAGACCCACAGGGAAGAAAUCUCAUUGCUGCUCUGACUGUGGGAAACGUUGCAAAUAUUCAUCAUACCUUAAAAUACACCAGCGAGUACACACAGGAGAGAAACCUUAUAGCUGUGAUCAAUGUGGGAAGAGUUUUACUCAGUCAAGCGCCCUGAAAUCCCACCUAAAACUACACACAGGAGAGAAACCUUUUAGCUGUGAUCAAUGUGGGAAGAGAUUUAUUAAGUCUAGCAAUCUGACAGUACACCAGAGAAAACACACAGGAAAGAAAUAUUUUAGUUGUAAUCAAUGUGUGAAAAGUUUUAUUACAUCUAGAGAUCUGACUGUACACCAGAGAACACACACAGGAGAGAAACCUUAUAGCUGUGAUCAGUGUGGGAAGAGUUUUAUUACAUCUAGCCAUCUGACUAGACACCAGCGAGUACACACAGGAGAGAAACCAUUCCACUGUUCAGAUUGUGGAAAAAGAUUCUCAACUUCACACAUUUUGAAGAUGCACCAGAAAACACACACAGGAGAGAAAUCGUAUAGCUGUGCUCAAUGUGGGAAGAGAUUUACUCAGUCAAGCUCCCUGAAAUCACACCGUAAACUACACACAGGAGAGAAACCUUUUAUCUGUGAUCAAUGUGGGAAGAGAUUUAUUAAUUCUAGCAAUCUGACAGUACACCAGAGAAAACACACAGGAGAGAAACCUUAUAGCUGUGAUCAGUGUGGGAAAAGUUAUAUUACAUCUAGCCAUCUGACUAUACACCAGCGGAGACACACAGGAGAGAAACUUCACGACUGUUCAGAUUGUGGAAAAAGCUUUUCAACUUCACAUACUUUGAAGAUGCACCAGACAACACACACAGGACAGAAAUCUUAUAGCUGUGAUCAAUGUGGGAAGAGUUUUACUCAGUCAAGCUCACUGAAAUCCCACCAUAAACUACACACAGGAGAGAAAUCUUUUAGCUGUGAUCAAUGUGGGAAGAGUUUUACUACAUCUAGCUAUCUGACUAUACACCAGCGGAGACACACAGGAGAGAAACCUUAUAGCUGUGUUCAAUGUGGGAAGAGAUACUCUGAUAAAAGUUAUCUGAUCAAACAUCAGAAAAUACAUACAUGAAGGAGUUGUUUCAUGACAUCAAUGAAUUAAUGUCACAAUGUUUUAACAUUGUAGUAGGAGUAUUUUAAUGGUGUCACAAUGUAGAAGCCUAAACGUUUGUCCCCUGUUCUAUUGAUUUCAGCAUGAUAUGGAUAUUAGCCUCAGGGGGAAAUCCAGGCUCUGAUUUGGGAGUAUUAUUUAUGUGAUUAAGCAAAAGGUGGCAAACAAAAAAAGAGUUGUGUUACACUUACCAUGUUGGUGACCCACUUGAAUCAAACUGCAACACUUCAAAAUGUAGCGAGCUGUUUUCUACAAGUGCAACCUCAUCUCCCUCCUGUCGCACAAUUGAUUUUAGCAUGAUAUCGAUGAGUGGUGACAAAUAAGUGUAGCGUUCCUUUGUUUAGCGACCCCUACAUUUUAAAUGCAUCACUCCAACAUGUAGCUGACUGUCUUCUGCAGGUUGUCCUCUAACCAGUGAGGUUAAAGAUAUCUCUCAUUUCCAUGUGUUUUGUUUAGUUGUGUUAGUUUCAACAGCAUGUACAACCUAAUUUCCACCCUAAUCGAUAUCAGUGAUUUAUUGCUACUUGUCAAAACAACAGCGUUUCUGGUGCUUGUGCAGUUGAUAAGGAGCUUGUUUUAAAAAAUACAAUUAUUGUGGCAGAUGUUUGUGUAUAUACCACAUGUUAGGUUUUCAAUUUAUCCCAAACUGUUUCUGCAUAUUGGUUAUUGAUUUGUACAUGUUAAAACUGUGUUUUGACAUUGGGCUAUCCCACCUAGCAACUAUGCAAUCAAAUAUUUCAUAUUUACAUUUCAUGUAACAUUUAGUAGUGAUAUUUAUUCAUGCAAGCAACUGACAAUUUUUGGGGUAAAAUUAUAUUGACAUUGUUACCCUGCUUUUAGAAUUUUAAGGUUAAUUCUCACAUGUGCCAAGCCAAAUGUACUAGAGCAUGACAUUGGGGAUUGGGCCCCGAUCCAACAACAUGCCUAGUGAACCCUGAUAUGUAGAGAAGCUCUGCAGUGAGGUGGAAAGUUACUAUGGAUAUUGCAGGAGUUUCCUCUUGAAAUCAGACAUGUCUGUGGUAAGGACAACUUGGUUGCUGAUUGUCUUAAGGGUGGGCAGUCAAAAUGUUUUGAGUUUAGCCAGUGCGUUGCCAUGGAUCACAAUUUAUUUUGAAUGCACGUUUUUCCGUAUUGGAGAUGAAUUUUGUUUGGGCUCGUUUCAAGGGGACGAGAGUUCUAGAAGCUAGUGAGGUUUCGGUUUCUUUGUGGGAAAAAUAAAUGUUGUUUUUAAUUGUUGUUAGACAGACACCAUGUUUAUAUUGUAGAAGGUGAAGCAUUGUAGUUGAUUAUAAUGUGAAAUGGAAGUUGUUUUCUGUUGGUGGUGAGCAUUCUCUUAAGGUGUUAGUCUUUGGUUUUUCCAGUUAUGUUUUGAGGUUGUUCUUUAGUGAGUAGGAUGCACUGAUUGGUGUCACCUCGUUAGUCAGUAUGUGUUACACCUGUGCUGGCUUGUCCAUCUCAUUAGUGAGAAGGUGUUUCACCUGAGCUGGUCCAGGUUCUAUUUAAGAGUGUCUGGCCCAGUGCUCCAGUUGUCUUGAUAGAUGUGGAGAGUCAACACCUUUAGUUGCUCUACCUUUUUGGUUUGCUUCCUGUCUUUAAGUUUGGUGUUAGUUUUUCUCUUGUUUGCCUCUUCUUGGGCAGAUUUAGUGGGUCUCAUGGUGGGUGUCUUUUAGGUCCCAGUUGUUGUUACUAGUCAAUUUUCAGUGGACACCCACAUAGUGACUUUCAGAGCCCCGCCUAAAAAAAAAAAAAGCUUGAAUUUUGGGAUGGAUAUUGCAUCCAAUUAAUUUUAAUCAAUGGCAUUUCCUUAGGGUGCUCAUUAGUCUUUCAGUUGUUAGUCUUCUGUUUGUUGUGUACUAAAUAUUUUUAAAAAAUAUUUGUUUUUUUCCUGUGAAGCCAUUGUGUUGCAUCCAUGUCUGAAACGUGCUGUAUAAAUAAAGCUUGAUUUGAUUUC